AUGGCUGCUGGUCCGUGUCUACUCAGAUCAAUAGAGCCCACCACAGCCUCUUCACCAACUACCUUCCCAGAAGGUGUUCAGCAUACCCAUCAGAAUCCCACCAGUUAUCUCCACUCUGAGCCCCCUGAGAUGUUCUGUCUCUUCUGUCCUUUCAGACCUGUCUACUGGCUGGGUAAUGAGACCCUGAGGGUGUCGGCUGCCCUUUUUGCCGAGAACCGUGGAAGACUGUGCCAGGGACUGAAAGCCAAAGACGGUGUGGUGCCAAAGUCGGUGGUGGUGCUGCAGGGUGGAGAGCAGAAGCAGAGGUACUGCACAGACACAGACGUUCUCUUCAGGCAGGAGUCUUUCUUCCACUGGGCGUUUGGAGUGACUGAGCCUGACUGCUACGGAGCCAUUGAUGUGGACUCUGGGAAAUCCAUUCUUUUUGUUCCUAAACUGCCUGAAAGCUAUGCUACUUGGAUGGGAGAGUAAGUCACAGUAAUCCUCAAAGAGUUGUGUACACUGCCAACACUCAUCAGCAGCUAGUCCAGGAUUGUAGGCUGUGAAUGUAGCAGGCAUUUUUCUCACCUUUAGAGCCUG